AGACCACUCAAAAGAUGACUUAGAGCAGCGGCAACUCCACCAUUAACCAUGGGUAUUAAUUAGAUAGGGUGGGUCUACCGUCUACCCCGCAAAAGCAAAAGAGAGCCUCAAAGAAAAGUUUCUUCCAAAGGAAAAGGCAAAAUACAGAAAGCAGAAUAAAGAAAGAUCCAAAACCAAAUGGAGGAGAUGAUGAUGAUGAUGAGAAGAAGCCCAGAAAAUCUCUCUAGUGAGUCCAUUUCCGAUCAACCCAUCAUCACCACCUCCACUUGCCCAACCUGGAAGCUGUACGAUAAUCCAUUUUAUUAUUCUCAACACCCACAAUAUGAUCAUUGUCACCACCACCAACAAGAAGAAUUACUAGAACAAGAUCACAAGUGUAGGAGCAACCAUUUUCACUGUCUCCACCUCCCUAUAUCGGCACGUAAGAUCGGUUUCAGGGCCUUUAUGGACUCUGAGCUUGAUUUGGCUCUAGCCCAGAUCAUUGAAUUGAAGGAAGAGCUCGAAUUCGAAAGGAAAGCUCGAAAAAAAUUGGAGUCUGUGAACAAGAAGCUGAGCAGAGACCUCUGUGAGGAGAGAAGGGGAAGGCAAGCGUUGGAACGAGUGUGUGAAGAGCUUGCCAAAGAAAUUUCAUCUGACAAAUCAGAGAUUGAUAGAAUGAAGACAGAGAUGGAGGAGGAGAGAAAGAUGUCACGUGUGGCCGAGGUAUUGAGGGAAGAGCGAGUUCAAAUGAAGCUCACUGACGCGAAGCACAUGCUGGAAGAGAAGCUGUUAGAAUUGGAGGUGACUAAACAAAAGUCAUCAAUUUACAAAACGGAGUUGAAGAAUCAAGAAGCUUAUAGGCACCCAAUUGGCAUUGCUUCUGGAGAACCAAAAAGGUGUGUUUUGAGUGCCUGUAAUUAUGGUUAUAACAAUGCGUUUGUUCAUUCAGUUUCAACACACAGAAUAGCUUUACCAGAACCUGAGAAUCCUCAUAUCAAGAGAGGGAUCAAAGGGUUUGUUGAAUUUCCCAAAGUGGUUCGAGCCAUUGGAUCUAAAAGUAGGCAUUUGGGUACCAAAUUGGAGUGUCAAAAAGCUCAGCUAAGGAUACUACUCAAACAAAAGAGCCCCAUUAGAUCCAAAAAUCUUUUAAUGAGUUGAAAAUAUAUGUUUUCUUGUUCACAAUUUUUUUUUUCCUCUCUUUGCUUUCAUUUUGAAUUUGUUCUAUAUUAUUCUAUAUGAAUGUAAAGUUGAUCUAUUCCAGUACCCAAAAGAUAUCUUGAAAGAUUGUAGUAAAUACUUGCGUUUUUGAGAAUGUAAUUGUUGAGAGUGUGUUGUAAUGUAUAGCAUAUUGUGCUUUAUGAAUAAUUUAAUUACAAAAGCGUUCUCUUUGGAUCUGAAAUAAA